GAACACAACCUCCAACUUCUGCCACUACUGCUUCCACAACAUCCGAAGCAAAAAUAGGAAGCACCGCUGGCACCACGGCCAUCCCCACUACCACACGCCCAACAAAGGAAGGAACAACAGCAAUCGCAACUACCACCAGGACCUCUCCCCCUCAGACUGAAGGCACCACAGUCAUCAUCACACCCACACCAGCAGUGCCCACACCAGCCACUAGCACUGCCAGCACCUCCAGGACCACAGAGGGAAGCACUGCAACACCUUCAGCCAAAACUGCUCCAGGUGAAACCUCCACUGCAGGAACACAGGCUCCAACUUCGGCCUCUACCAUUUCCACAACAUCCGAAGCAAAAAUAGGAAGCACCGCUGGCACCACGGCUGUCCCCACUACCACACGCCCAACAAAGGAAGGAACAACAGUUGUUGUGACCACCACCAGGACCUCUCCCCCUCAGACUGAAGGCACCACUGUCAUCAUCACUCCCACACCAUCAGUGCCCACACCAGCCACCAGCACUGCCAGCACCCUCAGGACUACAGAAGGAAGCACCACAACACCCUCAGCCAAAACUGUUCCAGGUGAAACCUCCACUGCAGGAACACAACCUCCAACUUCUGCCACUACUGCUUCCACAACUCCUGAAGCAAAAAUAGGAAGCACCGCUGGCACCACGGCUGUCCCCACUACCACUGUUCCUCAAUCUGGAACCAGAAGCACCAUAGGUGUUAUUGAAAUUGUUUCUUCUACUGCAGAAAGUGUUGCUACCACUGUUUUUCCCACAACUUUUAGUCCCACAGUCAGUCCAGUUGCUACAACUGGUACAUCACGAUCAAGUCAUAUUACAACAAGCACUUCUGCAGUAUUCAGUUCUUCCACCAGCAUAUCUGUGACAACAGAAGCCAGUACCCCCGUUACGUCCAGCAGAGUAACUCCAUGCUUUUGUCAUGUAUUUGAUACUUUAUUUUCUCCUGGCGAAGUGGUAUACAACAGAACAGACAGAGCUGGCUGUAAUUUUUAUGCACUUUGCAGCAAGGAAUGCGAAAUUGAGCCAUUCCAGGGGCCGUGUCCUUUGACAACUCCUGCCCCUUCAGUCGCUUCAACAACUACAACACAAGGCACCUCAUCCACAGGCCACGUAUUGUCUUCUGCCUCACCAACCACAGCAACAUCCCUCACAACUUCAGCAGAAAGAAACUGUACUGAUGUCAAUCCUCCACGAAAGGUGGUUCCCCUUCUUACUUUCUAAUAUACCACUGUUGCAAAACCAGCCCAAUUUCUGUCCUCUAAUAGCCAAUUCAAAUCAA